GACGGGCCGGAGCCCGCACCGAGCGGCCGGGCCAGACAGGUCCCAGUAGAACGACAUGAUGGUGGAAUCUGCAUCGGAGACAAUCAGGUCGGCUCCGUCUGGUCAGAACGGCGUGGGCAGCCUCUCUGGGCAGGCUGAUGGCGGCAGUGGGACCGGGACCGCAGGCACGGCUCCGGCCGCGGGAAGGGACGGCUCAGGCAGGGAUGCGGCCAGCGGAGCUGACAGCAAUGGCGAGAUGAGCUCCACCGAGCUUCUGCACUUCCAACAGCAACAGGUAGGCUGCCUGGAUGCCAUCCCUUCAGACCAGAACCAUGCCGAGCUGGCUCUGGAUGUCCCUCGGAGCCAAGCUGCUGAAAAGGCACCUGCAAGGGGAAGACGCAGGAGCCUUCCACGGACAAAGUCCCUUCUAUGCCACUGGCCCAUGGCUGUCCGCACCUGCGGAGGCCAACCUCUCAUGAAGCGAGAACCUUCUGUAGAGUUGGCGGUGAGCAAUGCCCCACCCCCCACCCCCACCCCUGCAGCUUUCACUAAACCCUGGGUGAGGCCUGGGCUCUGUGUUGUGCUCCCAGCCAGCCUGCCUCUCUCUCCUGCAGCAGCGGUGUGCCCGACAGACCUGCCUCAGUUGUGGAAAGGCGAGGGUGCCCCAGGGCAGCCUGCUGAGGACAGCGUCAGGCAGGAGGGGCUGGACCUGGCCAGCACAGCUGCCACUGCUACCUCGUUUGCCAGCCCCCCCAAGGUCUCCCCACCUCUCUCCCACCACCCCUUACCCAAUGGACAGCCCACUGUGCUCACAUCUCGGAGAGACAGCUCCUCCCACGAGGAGACCCCCAGUUCCCACCCCCUUUAUGGACAUGGAGAAUGCAAGUGGCCAGGCUGUGAGACCCUGUGUGAAGACCUGGGCCAGUUUAUCAAACACCUCAACACAGAACACGCGUUGGAUGACCGGAGCACGGCCCAGUGCCGCGUGCAGAUGCAGGUGGUCCAACAGCUGGAGAUCCAGCUCGCCAAGGAGAGUGAGCGGUUGCAGGCCAUGAUGGCCCAUCUGCACAUGCGGCCUUCAGAGCCCAAGCCCUUCAGCCAGCCAGUGACCAUCUCUGCAGACUCAUUCCCAGAUGGCCUCGUGCACCCCCCAACUUCAGCGGCUGCCCCUGUCACACCCCUGCGACCCCCUGGCCUGGGCUCUGCAUCUUUGCAUAGCGGGGGCCCUGCUCGCCGGAGAAGCAGCGACAAAUUCUGUUCCCCCAUCUCCUCAGAGCUGGCCCAGAAUCAUGAAUUCUACAAGAAUGCUGAUGUCAGGCCCCCCUUCACCUACGCCUCCCUAAUCCGCCAGGCCAUUUUGGAAACUCCAGAUAGGCAGCUGACUCUGAAUGAGAUCUAUAACUGGUUUACCAGGAUGUUCGCCUAUUUCCGAAGAAACACCGCCACCUGGAAGAACGCCGUGCGCCACAACCUCAGCCUUCAUAAAUGCUUCGUCCGCGUGGAGAACGUCAAGGGGGCCGUGUGGACCGUGGAUGAGCGAGAGUAUCAGAAACGGAGGCCACCAAAGAUGACGGGGAGCCCCACCCUGGUGAAGAACAUGAUCUCUGGCCUCAGUUAUGGGGCACUUAACGCCAGCUACCAGGCUGCCCUGGCAGAGAGCAGCUUCCCCCUCCUCAGCAGUCCUGGCAUGCUGAACCCUGGCUCGGCCAGCAGCCUUCUGCCCCUCAGCCAGGAUGACAUGGGUGCCCCUGGGGAGCCACUGCCCAGCAACGGGAGUAGCAGCCCCCCUCGCCUCUCCCCUCCUCAGUACAGCCACCAGGUGCAAGUAAAGGAGGAGCCUGCUGAGGCAGAGGAAGACAGGCGGCCGGGGCCUCCCCUGGGGGCCCCCAACCCCGGCACUGUGGGGCCUCCGGAAGACAGGGACCUGGAGGAGGACCUGCCAGGCGAGGACAUGUCCUAAGGGCUGGGUGGGCAGGCAGGGCAGGCCAAGACCCUGCCGCCCAGUCCGGACCCCAGCCCACCCACCCCACUCUACAGCCCCUCCAACCUCAAGGCACUUCGGGGACUCGGACGGGGGAGACCUGGGCCAGCAGCUCCCUAAGCCACCUGACUGACAGACGCCUGGGGGCAGGCACAUUCCUGCCCCCUGAGAGGACACAGAACCCUUGGCCCAGGACCCUCUCAGACCCUCCCUGUAUCCCAACCACCAGCAGCAACAGGGCCCUCCUCCCCCACCAGUGCUCCCUUACAGGGCCCCUCAGCACAGGGGAGACCCGCAGGCGGGGCUGAGCCACCCUGACAUCCCUGACCUUCAUCUCCUGCCCUGGCUGUGGCAGAGGUUUCUGGCCAGAGGACCCUUCCUGGUUCGUCUUCCCCUUGACCUUUCCCAACUGUGAAGAUUGUAAUUCUCCAGCCCCAGCUCCCUGCUCCAUGGGGCAAGCAGACUGGGAAUGCAGCCGCAGCCCAGCCUCUCAAGCUGCUGGCAUAGGGCAAGUUGUGCCCUACCCUCCCCCCACACACACCUGAGACAGGACCCAGAUGAAAACAGGCCUCCACCCUAGCCUGUUUGCCGGGUGCUCCUGUGGCACCCCAACUUGAGGAAGCACUGAGGGCCCCCCAUGCUGGGCACCUUCACGGCUGUGUGCACAGGUGGCCUCUGUGGCCUGAGCAUCACAGUUCAGGAGAAAGCCAGGCAGGAACCAUCCUCAGCCCCAGCCUGCGGGCCCCCCUCCCUGCACUGGGGUCCUCUCACCCCCUCAGCACCUGUCCCCCCCAGUUAAACGGAUGACCAAAGACCUUUCUUAUGCCGGAAGCAAAAACCAAAUCUUUUUGUUGGCUUUUUCCUUUGUCGCCUCCCGAGCACCCUGCCCACCCCUCUGCACCCUGGCCCCAGGCUGGAAGCCAUCCCUCCACUUAAGUUAUUGUUUAAAACCAAAGUUUACAGUGUCUGUUGGUGGCAAGACCCUCUCCUUCCCCUCCCCCAGGGUCUAGGGGUCCUGCCCACUUCCCUUCUGCUCUUCCCCCCACCUAAGGAGAAGGGAGAGGGCAGGAUCCUGCCCCCAACCCUGGGCUGCUUUCUGGGGGCUCUUCAGACCCCCGCAGAGGACCAAGUCCCCAUCAUGCUGGGAGUGUGGAUUCCAGCAGAGGAGCUGGAAAAGUUGAAACUCCACAGACCCCCUAUGGGGGACCCACAACCCAAGGCCAUGGACUGGGUGUAGGGGUGCCCAGAGCACCCUGCGACAGCCCCUACCCUGAGAAAGACUCCUUGGACAUUUCCCAGGAGAACCCCACAUCCACCGCCAACCCCUCUCCCACCCGACACAAGCCGCCCUCCUGAGAGGCAAGGGGCCCCGGCCUUCCCCGUGUAUCCCCACCCGUGUUCCGUUUGACCAGCACAGAAAUAUUAAAGUCCUCUAUUUACCGGG